CUCUGUAAACCGCUUAGAGAGGGCUGAAAGCCCUAUGAAGCGGUAUAUAAGUCUAAUUGCUAUUGCUAUAUUCUGGUGCUGUGGCUGAAUUUAGUGAGCAAAAGUCAAUGGGUUAGUUUUAUAUAACACGCCAAAAUUGCUCGACAGUGGAUUAAAUCAACCCAAUAAUCGUGCGCGGUGCAGAUUUUGCCAGGAGAAGAAUCUUAUACUUGUUUAAUCCAGAAAUAACCUGAGUUCUUCCUUGAAGUAAACGGGGAAUUGAGAAGGACUCAAGAGCUGGAUAAAAAAUGCCAAGAUAGACAUCAUUGGGCAGGAUUCAGGAAACGGAAACCUGCAGGAAAAUAAGAAACUCUUGUCACUGAGUUCUAGUUCCUCUGAGCAUGAAACAAUGCAGGGCCAAGGGGAGUGUGCUGGGAUAUAACCACGCAGGGUUGGUUUACUAAAAAUGUAGUAUUUGGCUUCAGAUGUGGAAAUUGUUCCAUGCGUAGCAGAGCUGGGCUAUGAAAUGAAAUAUAUCAACAAUCAGGUUAAGUUUAAGGAAGUAGAUUCCAUAAAGUUGCAAAGACAGGUACAGUACGAGUACAGUUGCGUUUGGCCAUCACAAUUUAGAUUGGCAACAGUUCAUUCAGUAUUUGGUUUUGUAAUAAUGAUCAGUCAGAUGUUUCUAAGAAUUCUCCUCUGCAGAGGAAUAGUUCUUUCAUUCAUUAAAACGAACUGUUGAUGUCUCCAUAACUGUGUGCAUGUUUAUGUUGUACAGUGAUAGGAAUACCUGGAAAUCUAAUAUAAUCCUCUUUUUGAGAACUGAAAGAAGCCUUCAGAGAAACCAUGGCAGCAAAAUUAAAUAGUGCUGUGAAAAAAGGUGAUCUUAAGCUUGUUCGACAGCUGUUGGAAGACGGAGCAGAUAUUAAUGCAAAGGUGGAAGGUGGCUGGACACCUCUUCAUAGUGCCGUACAAAGAAAUUCUGAAGAGAUUGUUAACUUUCUACUGGAAAAUGGGGCUGAUCCAUUAGCUAGGAAGGAUAAUGGUGCUACACCUUUUAUUUUAGCAGGAGUGAUAGGUAAUGUGAAGCUUUUGAAACUUUUUCUUGAUAAAGGCUCAUGUAUUAAUGAGUAUGACAUCAAUGGCUUCACCGCAUUCAUGGAGGCUGCUUGUUAUGGGCACAAGGAGGCCCUGGAAUUUUUAUAUCAGAAUGGGGCGGAUGCAAAUCAGCGCCGUGAAGUUGAUGAGAUUAAAAAGGCUCUGAAAAAAGGAGGUGCCACAGCUCUAAUGGAUGCUGCCAGUCAUGGCCAUUUUGCUCUGGUCAAAAUCUUGGUCGAGGAAAUGGGUGCUGAUGUAAAUAUCUGUGACAAUCAAGAUGGAAAUGCAUUGAUUCAUGCUCUCUCUGAGGACAAAGACUGGAAUAAAGACAGAGAAGACUCGGCCCUUUUCCUUUUGAAAAACGAAAUUGAUGUCAGUAAGAGGGAUGUAAAUGGGAAAACGGUGCUCAUAUUGGCUGUUGAAAGAGAAAGCUUGGAUCUUGUGGAGGCCAUAUUAAAAUUAGAUGAAGUUGAUCUUGAUGAUGCUGGUGAAAAUAACAAAACAGCAUUGCAUGUAGCAGUGGAGAAGAAAAACAAAGACAUAGCAAAGCUACUAUGUGAAAAAGGAGCAAGAGUAGAUGAUGAUGUCCUGGAUAUUGCCCAUAGAAAUUACCAAACUGAUAUGAUAGAGCUUCUUCAGAAAUACGAAUCGCCCGACAGUCCAAGGCAGCCAGAAACAUAUAAGGAAUUCUCUAGCGAUCGUUGGAAAUCAAAACUCCAGAAACUCAAUCAAAUGCAUCGUCCUAUGAUUGGCAAGCUCAAGAUCUUUCAAUAUCAAGAUUUAUGGAUCCAGAAGACCACCCAAGGAGGGGUCUACCUGGGAUUGUAUGAUGGCAAAGAGGUGGCUGUGAAGGUAUUCUGGAAGGCGGCAGAAAAUGCCAAGCGAGAAAAAGCGUGCCUCGAAAAAUGCCAAACCAGCAAAUACCUGGUGAAAUUUUGUGGCUCGGAAGAGAGGAAGUCCUGCCUCUACCUGUGCCUCUCCUUGUGCGAAAGGAAUCUUCAAGAGUACUUCAAGGAAGAGAGCAACGCAACUAUGGAAAGCAAGAAGAUCCUUAAAAUAAUAUUUGAGGCUGUAAACGAACUUCAUGCAUUUCGAUUUGGCCAUCAGGAACUACACCCGAGUAACAUUUUGAUAGAUGUCACUGGCAAGAUUUUCCUAGCAGACUUCGAUAAGAGCAGAGAAAUAACUGAUGAUACAAAAUAUUCUGUAAUCUCAGAGGAUCUACAGGGUCUCCAAAAACUUAUCCUGUAUGUUGUGAUGAGAGGUCAGCUGGACUUUGAACAUUUGCCUACAGAAUGUCCAGAGACUGUAAAGGAAAAUUGGAAGGAAAUUGAAGACCUCCGAAGUAAACUGGUACUCUCUGACCAAACUCCCCUAGAUGACCGUCUACUGGAAAAGCUGAUCUAUCAUCCAUACUUCUGGCCCAAGGAGACAAAGUACAGGGUGUUAAGAGAGAUCGGGAAUGAGAUACGUACAAAGCAAGGUGACAUUGUGAUUGUUUUGAAAUCUGAGGAUGAUCCUUUCAUGGACUGGAAAACAAAGAUUGAUGAAAAAGUAUUGGAAUCUAUGAUUUUUCCGGGCAAAGAUAAAGGCAGCAAGAAGAGCAACAAGAAGGUCAAAAGAUUAUAUAGCCCUGGUGUAGUAGAUUUAUUAAAGUUGAUUAGGAAUAUGGGCGAACACUACCCUGAAAAGGAUGAUGAGGUGAAGGAAAUAAUUCAGGAUCCUGCAGACUAUUUUCUGAACCUCUUUCCAGAUUUAACCAUUUAUGUCUAUCAGCAUUUGCAUAACUCGAAGUACAGCAAAUAUUUCCCGAAUCCAAAUAAUUCUUCAUAACCGUAACAUGGGUCAACCGGCACUGAAGGUUUGAUGACAUAAGUGAAUGUGACCUACAUAUUUUCUAUCUAAAACCAAUCAAUAGUUUGGUAGCCGUUAAUAUUGUAUGUCAUCCUGGAAAAUCUUUUUUAGACCGUCUCUUGCUCACGGACAAUCAAGUCAAAACUACAACUGCUAGUUAAGGUACCCCCAGAGAAAUCAAAUAA